AUGGUCCACCUCUCCCGCGUCCCUACGUCCAAGGACAUCUCAGCCCCGCUCGUUGAAGGGCUCGAGAGGAUCAAGUUCGAGCACGCCGACGAAGACGAUGCCACCGUGUCUGUCUACGGCUCCCGCUAUGCUGCCCAGGACUUGCCUAGGCAUGAGAUGCCAGAGCUCGAGAUGCCAAAGGAAGUCGCAUACCGCAUGAUUAAGGACGACUUGACGCUCGACGGCACCCCGACGCUAAAUCUGGCCAGUUUCGUCACCACCUAUAUGGAAGAAGAGGCCGAGAAGCUGAUGAUUGAAUGUUUCUCCAAGAACUUCAUUGACUACGAGGAAUAUCCCGUGUCAGCUGACAUUCAAGCACGAUGUGUUUCCAUGAUUGCUCGUCUUUUCAACAUCCCCACGAAAGAUGACUCCAACGCCAUGGGCACCUCCACAAUCGGUAGCUCCGAGGCUAUCAUGCUCGCGGUGCUCGCCAUGAAGAAGCUUUGGGCGAACAAGCGAAAGGCCGAGGGAAAGCCCUUCGAUCGCCCCAACAUCAUCAUGAACUCUGCCGUCCAGGUGUGCUGGGAGAAAGCUGCACGCUACUUCGACGUCGAGGAGAAGUACGUGUACUGCACUGAGGAUCGCUUUGUCAUCGAUCCCCAGCAAGCCAUCGACCUCAUUGACGAGAACACCAUUGGCAUAUGUGCCAUCCUCGGAACGACAUACACGGGGGAGUACGAAGACAUCAAGGGCAUCAACGAUCUCCUCGUAGAGAAAAACCUCGACGUUCCCAUUCACGUCGAUGCCGCAAGUGGUGGCUUCGUCGCGCCCUUCAUCAAUCCCGGACUCCUCUGGGACUUCCGUCUCGAGAAGGUCGUCAGCAUCAACGUUUCGGGCCACAAGUAUGGCCUCGUCUACCCCGGCGUCGGCUGGGUCGUCUGGCGCGACCCCCAGUUCCUCCCUAAGGAGCUCGUCUUCAACAUCAACUACCUUGGCGCAGACCAAGCCUCCUUCACUCUCAACUUCUCUCGCGGCGCCUCCCAGAUCAUCGGCCAGUACUACCAACUGAUCCGCUUGGGCAAGCAUGGAUACCGCGCUAUCAUGCUCAACCUCACUCGCACAGCCGACUACCUCGCUGCCAAUCUCGAGCAGCUCGGCUUCAUCAUCUUGUCCAAAGGCGGCGGAGAAGGCCUCCCUCUCGUUGCCUGCCGUCUCGACCCCGACUCGGACAAGCACUACGACGAAUUUGCCAUCGCCCACCAGCUGCGCGAGCGCGGCUGGGUCGUCCCCGCAUACACCAUGGCGCCGCACACGGAGAACCUGAAGCUCAUGCGCGUUGUGGUCCGCGAGGACUUCACGCGCAGCAGGUGCGAUUCGCUGAUUGCCGACUUCAAGCUUGCGUGCCAGACGCUGGACAAGUUGGACGCGAAGACGAUUGAGGAGCGUAAGGAACACCGCACGAAUAUGCGCAAGAAGGCGACGCGCACGGGCCGCCACCACAAGCUCAACGAGCACUUCACCGACGAGAAGCACAGCUUGCAAGGUAAAACUGGCAAGACGCACGGCAUCUGCUAA